UCUGCCAGACACACACUUCUAUCUGGAUGUCAGUGGAAUUCUGGACCAAAGAAUGUGCUUUAAACUUCUUCAGCUCUCCUGUUCACUGCUCAGAGCUGAGAUUCUGCUAUCUCUGAAGAGAUUAAAAGCAAUGAAGAUGUUUUGUGUUGUUUAGCUGCUUAGGGAGCCGUAAGCCAUAAAACCGUUAGAGCUGAGCUGAGCUGAGGCACUGUGCUAGGAUGGGAGGAAAGAAAUCGAAGGAACCCACAAGCAAGGACAUGAAACUUGUAGGAAGAAAGAAUGCAGCCUGUGAGGAAACCCUGACAUCAUCCGACAGGAUUCGCAAGCACAUUGUGAUGCAAUUUGGUUACAAUGUGCUGAGCUUGGCUCGACAAGGUAUGAUUGCACCUCCUGAAGAGCUAUGGGAGCUCACAGAACUGCAAAAGCUUAAUUUGUCCCUGAACUGCUUAUGUUUCUUGCCUUCCUCUGUGGAACUCCUUCAGAACCUGGUGGUACUUAACCUGUGGGGUAACCAGCUCACUAGUCUGCCUCCUGAGAUCGGGCAACUCAGGAACCUAAAGGUGCUCUUUGCAUAUCACAACCACAUGACCGAUGUCCCUGAGGAGCUUGGCUCUUGUACAAAGUUGGAGGUCUUGAGCUUAGCAAACAACCAACUCACAAGUCUCCCAGAUAAUCUGUCUGCUCUCACGAACCUGCAGAAGCUCAACCUAAGCCACAACAAUAUUGUGUAUAUCCCAGCAUGUGUCUAUGCCAUGAAAAAGUUGGUCUUCUUGCAUGUGGCCUGCAAUAGGUUGGAGAACAUUGCAGAGCAUAUCCAAGCACUGGCUGAUCUAAAGAUCCUCAUUGUGGAAGAGAACUGUAUUCACUGUCUGCCAAAAAUGCUCUGCUAUCUGACCAAGUUAGAACUGCUUAAUGUGGAUUAUAAUGACAUUCAGAAUGUUCCUGCUGAAAUGCACCAACUGAACAGGCUACAGAAACUAGCUUCACAUCCCCUGGAUAAAGGACUUCAUAUCAUACAUAACCCUCUGCUCAAGCCAAUUAAAGAGGUGUUAGAUGGAGGUCUCCAAGCUCUUUAUAACUAUCUCAAGGCCAACUGAAAUGUGCCAGGACUUGAGGGCAUGUUUAAGGUUCCCAGGAGCAUGUUAAACAAAGGGCACCAGCUUGGCAGUUGUGCUAAACAAGCACUGGACUUCUUCUCCUUUUGUGCAGCACUGAGUUCAUUUGGAACUGUCUGUGAACC